GGGAAUUCAGCCUCAAAACCUUAACCCCCUGAGUUGCUCUUGGGUACCUAAAUCACCAUCGCGACGCGACCCUCUCCUCUGCCUUCUAUAACAUCAGUGCUGUACAGUGCUUCGUUCUUCAGGACCCAUGGUUGUGAAGACCGCGGAUCAGCAUAUGCGAGAAAGCCGUGGGGUUCCGCUAAGGCUCCUACGUCGACGUUCGAACAUUUCGUCCGCGGAUAAACGCAGCAACUUGACCCCCUCAGAAGAAACUGGUCCUCGCUUUAGGUUGAUUAACGAUAACGAAAAGCGGGGAUGGUCGUAUAUUCCUGCACGACCGCUUGAUCCCGAAUCAUCAAUAUCCGAGUCGGGGGAGGCGGAUAAAUAUUCGUGCUUUGGUGACUCGGACGAUGAGGAGGGGCACAAGCCAGCGGUACCUUGGUUUGGGCCGCAAAACAAGAGGACUGAGCAGAAAGGGGACAGGAAUAAUGACGGGGGGCAUGGGUUGCGGCGCGUGGGGAGUAUUGAAGUGUCCUCCGGUCGGAACGAGAUGCGCACACCUCAACCUCGCCCGUUAAGAACAUUACAGAGCAUGAAUGAUCUGCGACCCGGAAUGGUACAGGAUAACAUUGCGUCCAUCUUUGAGACGCCGAGAUUACAAAAGUCGCAAACAUUUCCACGUUCGGAGCGUCCACAGCUGAGGGCAAUGGCGAGGGCGCCCAGCCCCGUGCGCGAGCAGGAUGAAACCGCACCGGAGAAAUUUGAUCACCAACAAGACUCCAAGUUUGAUUCUUGUAAGUUGCAAUCUUACUUUCGCGGUAGUUUUAUAGAACAUGUUGUUUGGCGCUCCAAGUCCCAGUGCGAGAUCACGAAAUGGGAUCGAAGCGGGCUACUAGGACGUGGGACAUUCGGAACCGUUUGGCUGGAAAAAGAGAGCCGGCGGGGGACGCUACGGGCACUAAAAGAAAUGCGGAAGGAUGUUAUAGGACAAGACUAUAACCGAGAGAUACUUGCCUUAGUAAAACUGAAGAAAUAUGACAAAUACUUUGUCCAAUUCUUCGGAUGGUUCGAGGAUCCCCAGUGUAUAUACCUUGCAAUGGAGUAUAUCGCACUAGGUGACCUGGAUCAAUGUUUUCGAAAAAAGACAUUCACAGAAGGACGAGCCAAGCUCUUGGCAUGGCAAUUACUGCAAGGGCUGGCCAUCAUGCACGAGAACGGGUUUACCCACCGAGACUUAAAGCCACAGAAUAUUUUGCUGGUAUCUUACUAUCCCUUAUGGGUGAAGAUUGGAGAUUUUGGCGUGACGAAACGCAUCAUUCACGACGAAACCGCACUCAGGACCAGUGUCUGGACUAUGCACUACGGAGCUCCAGAAACGCUGGGCUUAACUGACGCCGAGACUUCAGAAUACACCAACGCAGUUGACCUCUGGUCCCUAGGUUGUGUCCUGCAUAAGGCCUUGACCAAUACCACGCCCUUCACAAAUAUGAGGGCUUUUUCGGCAUUUUGUCAUCAACUCAUCGUGUUUCCUUCCGCCAAGCUUUACGAGAGCGACGUUAGCCAUUCGGGGAUUGAUUUUAUCUUGAAACUUAUGGCAUUGGAUCCGUCGUUGAGGCCAGCUGCAGAGGAAGCACUGAAGUUGGAGUGGUUCAAGCCCAAAAGGGUUGUCGCAGAGGCCGGGAAUGGACCGGGAGCGGGAUUUUCGGGGAAGAGCCCCAGGUCGCCGCCUACUACGCUGUUGCCCCAGCCGCCGCGAUGGGUGUCUUCCCCAGCUGCCAGAUGCAACUGCCAGAACUGCCUGCAUUACUCUUGACGUGUCGCUUCGCUCAGGGACUUGAGUGCCUCGGCGGAGGAUGGGCUUUCGAACUUUGACUACCAUUCGAACCUUAGCUGACAGUUUUCUAUUGAUUUUGGAUUCUUGCUGGUGUUUUCUUUUUUUUUUUCUUUCCGAAACUCCGCCAGAGAGGAUGUGUAGGUGGUGUACGGUACUUACUUUUUACUUUCGCACUGUUUAUUUUUGUACUGUUUCGUGUCUAUAUCGUUUUUGGGUGCGAUGUUGUAGGAUCGGUGGUGAUGUACUUCAAGAUUGAUUCCAGGAUAUACGGGUCGGGAGGGAUGAGGGCUAUUGCUCAAAAGGUUGAUCUCUCAAUGAGAAUAAAGGGAGAGCCCCACACUUUAUACCAUUGGCUAGAAAAAA